AGUCUGGAUUAACACAUAGGCUACUCUUCUCUUUCCGGAAAAAUCCAUGGUUCCCGCGGGAUUUGUGAAAAACUGAAUUCCACGCGGACGAAGUCGCGGGCGUCCGAUAGUGCCAAAUAAAUAACAGUUAUGGGUAAAUAUUCCUUAUGCCGGUACUCCUAUCUAAGCGUGCGUUCUUUUCCAUGUUCUGUGGAAAAACCACUGUGUUUUAAAUUAUUACAAAGUUUAAUAAAACUCUUUUUUUUUAUUUACAUUGCAUGUUUGGGUAGUUUUUUACAAAACUUUAAUUUAAAUAUUUGUAAAUAGGUACAGAUACAGAAUCAUGCAGAAGCUACAAUAGUGAGAGUGGAGCAAGGCGUGUUGAGAGGAGAACAAAAAGUGACAGUCACAGGAGACACAGUGUACUACAGUUUUAAAGGUAUUCCGUAUGCAGCACCGCCUACUGGACGUUGGAGAUUUAUGGCUCCUCGACCUCCUCUAUCUUGGACAGGAAUACGAAACGCCACUCAACAUGGAAAUGUGUGUCCACAAGUUGACGCUCAACAAAACAUGCUAUUCGUGCCUGGUAGUGAAGACUGUCUUUUUCUAAAUGUUUAUUCUCCAUGCUUGGAUCCAGAAUCACCUCUAGCAGUUAUGGUCUAUAUACACGGAGGUGGUUAUGGUUUUGGUUCCGGAAAUGAUGAUUUUUACGGUCCAGAUUUUUUAAUGAACUCAAGAAAUGUCGUUGUUGUGACAAUGAAUUACAGACUUGACACUCUCGGGUUUCUAUGCUUAGAUAUAAAAGAAGUACCAGGAAAUGCAGGUUUGAAGGAUCAAGUAGCAGCGUUGAAGUGGGUACAAGCAAAUAUAAUAAAAUUUGGUGGCGAUCCAAAUAAAGUAACCAUUGUUGGACAAAGCGCUGGAGCUGUUUCUUGUACUCUACACGCAGUGUCCCCUAUGAGUCAGGGACUGUUUCAUCGAGUUAUAGCAAUGAGUGGAGUGGCACUAAGUGAAUUUAAUACUGAAUUUGAACAAACACGUAGAGCUUUUAAAUUAGGAAAUAAACUGGGCUUCAAUACUACUGAUCCUAAAGCAUUAUUACGAUAUCUCCAGACAGUUCCUGUAAGACAAUUACUGAAUACUGAUAUAUCGAUCAUAGCUGCCGAAAAAUAUAUAGACUUUGUAAUGAAAGUGUAUUAUUUUGUACCCGUUCUGGAGAAAAACCUUGGUCAAGAACAAUCAUUUUUAGAAGAAUCACCUCUUGUUUCGGUUAAGAACGGACUACAUAACGUAGAAACUUUAAUGGGAUACACUUCAGAUGAAGGACUUGUUGGUAUUCUGUUUUAUGAGAAUGGACAAUCUUUCGAAAAUUAUAAAAGAUACCCUGAAGUUUUGUUGCCAAGAACUUUAUUAUAUAAAUCCUCACCACAGAUAUAUAUGGAGCUUGCAGAUUUGAUUAAAGGAUACUACACUGGAUCGCCAUUAACGACCUUAGAAACUAUGCAGCAAGCCGUAACUUACUGUACGGAUGUUUUUAUUUAUCCUAUUUUCAGAUAUGCAAGACGUCUGGCUAAGUUUAACAGAAACGAUAACAUAUAUAUGUAUGAGUUUGCAAGUGUUUCUAACCGUAAUGUUGUAAGCCAACAAGGUAUUGGAUACGAAUUGGAUGGAGUCGGUCACACUGAUGAGCUACAUUAUCUGUUUUACGCAAAUGCUUUGAAUAUACCGAUCGACGAGAACACUUCUAAAUUAAUUGAACAAUUUGUUGCCUUGCUGACAAACUUUGCAAUAUUUGGAAAUCCAACACCUGACUCAAGUCUCGGCAUCACCUGGCCCAAAUAUACUGCUAAUUCAGAAAAGUAUUUAUUGAUGAGUGAGAACUUGACGGUUGCAGCUAAUCCAAGACCAACUAUGACUAGUUUCUGGGAACAUAUGUAUCACUUAGCUGGUGUAAAAUUUUAAGUAUUUUCUUACUUUUGUAUUAAAAAUACAAUUAAAACAUUCUGUUAUAUUUCGUAAUAAAUAUAUUAUUUAUAAUAUGAA